GCUAUCCGUCACCGUUUUCUUCACGUCAUACGUCAGCGUGAGCUGUCUGGGUGAGCACGUGAAAUACAUGAGCAUAUUAAAACGCGUUACAGUAGCGCUAUUAUUUAGCGAACAGUGAAUUUGACGAAACGUUGUUAUAGAUCUGUGACAAAAUCGCGAAUCAGGGUCAGAAUCUAGAAGCGCCAUUCAGCCGAGGUCAAGCGGAAAGAGCUCGUGACAAAACUUUAACGUUACCAGGACUUUAAUGAAUAAAGUCCGUGAAUAAAUAUAUCGAUGAUGGAUAAUCCCGAGGAAGAUUCGCUGAACCUGCACGAAGAUGAAGAAAUCAUCGAGGUUAUUGAUCUUAAUGACACAGAACAGACCGCAGACGAUCUGGCGGAGGAGCUGGAGGAUGUAGACUUUGCUGACGCUGGAAAUGCGGACGAUGACGGAUGGGAGACGGAGGAUGAGAUGGAGUCUGAGCAGGAUGACAGCGAACUCACCUUCUCCAAACACACAGGUUCUGUCUUUUGCGUUGGUUUGGACCCAGCGACCAACAGUCUCGCCGUUACCGGCGGACAGGACGACAGGGCGUACGUGUGGAGCGUGUCUGAUGGAGACGUGCUGUUCGAGUGCACUGGUCACAAGGAUUCUGUCACGUGCGCUGCGUUCAGCGGCGACUCAAAGCUGGUGGUGUCUGGAGAUAUGAGUGGUCUCAUUAAGGUCUGGAAGGUGGAGAGCAAGGAGGAAAUCUGGUCUUUUGAAGUUGGAGACCUGGAAUGGCUGGAGUGGCACCCCUGCGCCCCGGUACUGCUGGCCGGCACGGCGGAUGGGAACGUCUGGAUGUGGAAGGUCCCGAGCGGAGAGUGCAAGACGUUUCAAGGGCCCAACUGCCAGGCAACCAGAGGGAAGAUCCUUCCUGACGGAAAGAGAGCAAUCGUGGGCUAUGAGGAUGGAAGUUUACGUUUGUGGGACUUAAAACAGGGCAAUGCCAUUUAUGUCAUCAAAGGUCAUGAUGGUCAUCAGGGAGCCCUGACCUCUUUGAUGUGCAAUAAAGAGGGAACGCUGGUUCUGACGGGGUCAGUGGAUGGUCAGGCUAAACUCAUCAACACAAGCACAGGAAAGGUGUUAUGCUCAUUUUCCAGUGAAAGCAGUGAAGCAAAAGACUCUAUGCAGGAGCAGGAUUCCAACUCUGUAGAAUCUGUGGGAUUUUGUAAUGUGUUGCCCCUAGUUGCUGUUGCAUAUCUGGACGGCACUCUGGCCAUUUAUGAUAUGAAUUCACAGAGCCUCAGACAUCGGUGUAAACAUGAGGUGGGUGUAGUCCACCUGCAGUGGGAGGAGGCGUCUGCUGUCGUCUCCACCUGUAACCUGGCUGGUGUCAUCACUCUGUGGGACGCGAGAUCAGGGGUCAUGAUGUCAGAAUACCGCGGCCACUCGGCUGAGAUCCUUGACUUUGUGCUGAACAGAGACGCGUCAGUCGCCGUCACCGCCGGAGGAGACCAUAAAGCCAAAGUGUUCUGCCUGCAGAGACCCGACCGGUAGAGCGAAGUCUUUAGCUGGACCUGUCAGACUUCAGCAACUGUAAUACCUCCUCACUGACAAACAGUCAGCUUUAAACUUCAGCUUUUUUACAGUUUUAACAGAGCUGUGCUAUUUUUGUCACGAUUGUGUAAGUCUGAUUGUUCUUGUCUUUUGCUUAAGCUACAUACAGCUGUAAUUUUGAGACGUGUCACAUGCAUUAUAUGGGCAAAAGUAUGUGGCCUUUCUCUGUUCAAGUGAUUUUAAUGAAGAAAGAUCUCAGUGCUUCACAACAACAGUGACAUUCUCGAGAAAUGUGUGCUUCAAACUUUGUUGCAGCGCUCUCCUGCAGAAGUGAAAAACGACCUUCCGCAAACUCUGAAGCAUACAAAUGUCACUGUCACUAAGAUUUUUCCUCACAAAAAUGAUAGAAAUAAUUUACACCCAUUAAUCCAAAGCCAAUGUCCACACUUGUUUGGCCAUGCAGAGAAUAUAAAAUUCAGUUCCCAAAAGUUUUCACAUUCACUCAUACGUUGAGAUUUCUGGAUGUUUCCGUUGGAUGGUCAGAUUAAAGAUCUUCCCUGUUGUUGUGUUUAUGUGUCUGUUUGCUGGUUAAGGAACAGCUUUUGUCAUUCUUCUCCCACCAUUAGCUGUAAAUCAUUAGCAGUGACACAAAUUCGCAACUGCCUGUGGACUGUCCUGGCAAAAGUUCAGUGCUGAACGGAUGGCCAUACAUUCUGUUGUGUUUAAUCAAUGUCAUGUUGAAACAACAUGAGUGCCGUCAACCUUAAUUUUUUUCCUUUGUAACACGUAACAAGAAUGUUUGAAAUGGCAUGUGUGAAUAAACACACCGGUGAUAUUAAA